AUGGAUAUGGCUGGGCUGAAGUACACCACCCCCUCCACUGGUAGACGCACAGCGACAGUGGGGCUCUCAGAGUCACAUUUGACAAGUAUCAACAAGAUUGGCAGCCGGAGAGACCGACUUCGGGAGCUAUCUGAGACAUAUACUCCCAAUCCUCGAAUUGGUACAAUCGAUGCGGGCCCGACGGACCAGAGAGUGACAACAGAACCGGUCGAGCCAAUCGUGCAGAGCAUACAGCACAACCGGACCAAUGAAAGCGAGGAAGAGCCACUAUAG